AUGGUAGCGGACAAUACCCCAGCCAGACCAUCCUCCCGGCCGAUAAGGGUAGCAGUGGUCGGCGGCGGGCCCGGCGGAUUGGCUACAGCCAUUGCGCUCUCCAAAAACCCAAACGUCGAAGUCCACAUUUAUGAGAAAGACUUGGUUCUUCGUGAAGUUGGUGCCGGCAUCAACAUCGGUCCCAACUCUUGGAACGUGCUCGAGCUUCUGGGAGUCGCAGAUUCGCUUAGGACCAAGCUCCAAUCUGCCCUGUUGGCACACGUGCCUCCCGGAGUGGUCCGACUUUCAAAGAAGCUGGAAAAAAUCACAGAUGUGGGCGACAAGGGUGUCGAGUUACAGUUCACUGAUGGCACGAUCGAGACUGCGGACUUGGUCGUCGGCGCAGACGGGAUCCGUUCAGUCGUCCGAGACUGUGCAUGGCCCGACUACAAGAUUGCCUUUACAGGCACAACAAUUUGGCGAGCGAUACUGCCGCUCAGGGACCUCACAGACCAAGAUGCCCGCUUCGGUAUCACAGGUUGGUGGCACCUGCCCACCUCACAUGUGUAUUUCUCCCCCGUCGGCGAGGGGCUCGGCGAGAUAGCCUCCCGCGAGUACCAGGAUCCGGCGAUCCACAGCGCGAGCAAGGUGGUCUGGGGCGUGCCCGUCACCAACAAGCAUGUCGAGUCCCACUUCAAGGACUACCUGCCCUCGAUCCGGGCUGCACUGACCAAAAUCCCCGACGGCGCGUGGAGGGAGUUUGCCGCCUUUGCCGGACCGGAGCUGGCGUCCCUGACGGCUUGGGGAGGCAAAAUCGUGCUGGUGGGGGAUUCGUCGCAUGCCCUCUCUGGUGCCUUUGGGUCCGGGGCUGGGUUCGCCAUGGAGGAUGGUUGGACUCUGGCCCAGGCCCUGAACCACCAUGGUAAUGAUAUUGGUAAGGCCGCAGCACUGUUUGACAGGAUACGCGUACCGUACUACUCGCGCAUGUACGAGUAUCUCGGGAGCCAGGCGGCCAAGAGGGCUGAGAAGUUGAGAGAGCUGGAGGUCACGACGGCGGGCCUGACGGAGGAAGAAAGAGUCAAGGUCAAGGUCAUUAAGGAGGGUGGCGACAUGAGUUGGAUUUACCAGAAUCACAUCGGCAAGGUUUGGGAGGCUGCUUUGGCGGAGCCAGAGGGAGAUGGAAAGGGACUAUAA